AGGCCAACCUCAUCGACAUGACUGAGGCACACCAUGAGAAGGACGCUUUCACGCCACGCACCACAGCAAGAGUACAGCUCUGCUCGGUUCACGACCAGGAUCUCACUCAGCCGCCCAGGGACUAACAGACACAGUCAUGUCUGACCAUGUCUCCCUGAGAGUGAGACCUCAUUCCUCCUCCACCAAAGGAUCCAAGGAUCAGCACCACAGGUCGGCGAUUCUCCAAACUGCGUCUGAGUUUCUCAAUAAACUCCGCGGUCUGAACACUUUUUAUUUUUUAUUUUUUAUUUAUUUUUGCUUCCCUUCUACUCUUUUUCGGCGGGGCCGUCUUGGUCCUUCCCCUCCACGUCCUGAUCUACGGCGCCCGGGCUGCCGAUCACUGCACGGCGGCUAUCUGCUGCAAAGCCCGGGCUGCCUCUUGGAUUCCAUUUUAGCAAUCGUCUCGUUCAUCAACAUCAACUCGAUGAAUCCGAAGACUUGCAUUGAAAAGAAGGCCGCAAAACGCACGCAUUGUGCAAUUCGGCAAAAGUGGAUCCUUCUCCUUUGGAUUCUUCUCGACUUCGCUUCGACAUGGUCACAUGGUCACCCCGUCGAGGUUGAAACAACCUACACGGGCCCUCCAGUGGACAUGAACGGCGGCACACUGCAACGGCAGCAUUCCCCAAUGCUACGCAACGUCAGAAAGAUGUUAACACAGCACAAGCACAUGCACUCCUCAGCCGUCUGUCGUUCAACAUCAUUUUCCACAGUUGGAGCAGUCGUUAAAGCCGAGUCGGCGCCGACGGUGUCUUCCGAGAACUUGCCCCCCAUCCCAACAGCCGUCAAUCAUCCACCGGGUCUGACAUGAUCUGAUCUGAUUGACAGCUACGAUGUUUAUGGAUACCUUACUCGCCUGACCAGUGGCUGAGUCCGGCCAUGAACUUCUUCGAACGCCUUUUCUUCCACGCAACGCGUCUUGGCUUGGCUUUCUUCUACAGUUCUUCCGACCACAUGGAGUGCACCUGCAC